AUGAGAUGGUUGGUCCGGAGACACGGCUAUUAUUGGCCGACCAUUUUAAAAAACUACAUAGAGUAUGCGAAAGGGUGUAUCAAGUGUCAGAUCUACGGCCCCAUACAAAGGGUACUAGCUGACGCCCUCCACCCGGUUACUAAACCAUGGCCGUUCAGAGGAUGGGCCGUGGAUAUCAUCUGCAAAAUCUACCCACAGUCUAACGGACAGGCCGAGGUGAGCAACAAGAUAAUCAAGGGCAUCCUCGAGAAAAUGAUUGAGGAAAAACCUAGGGCAUGGCACGACUUACUCCCUGAAGCCCUUUGGGCUUACCGAGUCUCAAAACGAUAG